CCAGCAUCGGCGCUCCUCUGGCCCAGUCCGCAAGCAAGCAACCAAGGCGGUGCGCUGCGGCCGCCUGCGAACAGGCCAAGAGCCAAAGCUCGCAGGCGCGUGUCGGCUGUGCCUGGGGCCGCCCUUGUUGCUGGCAGCGCAUUGGCAGGCCGCUCAAAUACAUCCAUCGCAUUCAUCGACCCCGUCCAUCGCACCUAUCCACCAUCUGGCCCUGUGCAAGCACGCAGCAGCCGCCAGCACACGCAGCCGCCCACCGCUCGUCCUGCAGCCCUCCUCGAUCGCAUCGCCUCUCAAAUGAACCGCUCGCCGCCGAAACCCGUCCUCGCCCUGGCUGCAAGCAUCCUGCCCCAACGCAUACUCAGGCGAGCCCUGGCAUCCCAGGCGGCCAAGCGAGAACGCCUCGUUAUUCUCGGCUCUGGAUGGGCUGGCUUCAAGCUCAUCAACGAGGUCAACACCAAGGACUACGACGUUGUCGUCAUCUCGCCAAGGAACCACUUUGUAUUCACCCCACUACUUGCCAGCACAGCUGUGGGCACUCUCGAAUACAGAGCCAUCACCGAGCCCGUCCGCACGUAUGGAAGAGGCAUCAGCUUUCACCAAGCCACUUGCGACCAGAUCGACUUUGAGAAGAAGGAAAUCACUUGCCGGCCUGCAUUCGAAAGCCAAGACGCCCCGUUUGCGAUAGCAUUCGACAAGCUCGUUCUGGCUGUCGGUGCCAAGUCCAACACAUUCGGCAUCCCCGGGGUUGCCGAGAACGCAUUCUUCCUCAAGGAAGUGGACCAUGCGCGUAAGAUCCGAGCCCGGAUUAUCGAAUGCUUCGAGCAAGCAUCCGAGCCAAACACGACCGAGGAACAGCAGCGAAACCUCCUUCAUUUUGCUGUCGUUGGAGGCGGACCAACUGGCAUAGAAUUUUCUGCGGAAUUGCAUGACUUUUGCGUGGAGGAUCUCUCAAAACUUUAUCCUCAGCUCAAGAACAAAGUUCGCAUAUCGGUUUACGACGUUGCCGAGAAGAUUCUCGGCGGAUUCCAAGCUGAGCUUGCCGAAUAUGCGUCUGAAAAGUUCCGACGUGAGGGCAUUCAAAUCAAGACCAAGACAUUCAUCAAGGAAGUCAAAAAGAACCUCAUGGUGCUGAAGGAUGAUACCCAGAUUCCGUUCGGCGCACUAAUCUGGGCCACGGGAAUCACAUCCACACCCCUGGGCGAGAGUCUCGGCGGCGUCAUGAAGGAAGAGCGCUCAAACCGAGUGAUCACGAACGAGUACCUGACCAUCUUGGACAAGAACGGCCAGGCGCUGGAUGGCAUAUACGCCAUCGGCGAUUGCGCCGUCAUCAAGGACAAGAACCUGCCGGCAACGGCUCAGGUGGCUGACCAGAAGGGACGCUGGCUCACUUACCACCUGAAUCGGCAGGUGGCUGGAAAGCCGACGCUGAAGCCCUUUACCUACAACCACAUCGCCAGCAUGGUCUACACUGGCGCCUGGAGUGCCCUCAUCGACUUUAGCUCCAAAGGCAAUCUCAAGGGUCGCCUCGCUUGGAUCUUCUGGAGAAGCGCAUAUCUAACCAAGAGUGUUUCGGUCAAGAACAAAAUCCUCAUUCCGAUGUACUGGUUCUUGUCGUGGGCUUUCGGCCGAGACAUCAGCCGCUUCUAGAAUCGGCGGUCGAAUAUGAUGCAACCGCAGCAUAUCUGCACGGCCGUCAUGCUCCUGCCCGGCUGCGACACCGAGACUUCUUUCAGCAUACGAACCUCAUUCGGCAUUCACAAAGUGAAACGGAACAGCUUGGUUCCGAAGGCAGCAGCCGCUCUCCCCCCCUCCAAUCCCGAAUAUACAUAGCGUCA